GAAGCCGGAAGCGGAAGCGCCCGCGGAGGGGGCGGUGGGGCAGGCCGGACCGGCGGCGCGGGGGGGGACACACACCAUGGGGCGCGGCGGCGGCACCUUCGAGCGGCUUCUCGAUAAGGCUACGAGCCAGCUUCUGCUGGAGACAGACUGGGAAUCCAUCCUGCAGAUCUGCGACAUGAUCCGUCAGGGAGAUACCCAAGCAAAAUAUGCCGUCAACGCUAUCAAGAAGAAAGUCAAUGACAAGAAUCCCCACGUGGCACUCUAUGCACUGGAGGUCAUGGAGUCAGUGGUGAAAAACUGUGGCCAAACAGUCCAUGACGAGGUGGCCAAUAAACAGACUAUGGAGGAGCUGAAGGAAAUACUCAAGAGGCAAGUGGAGACAAGUGUCCGCAGUAAGAUCCUGUACCUUAUCCAGGCCUGGGCUCACGCCUUCCGCAAUGAGCCCAAGUACAAGGUGGUGCAGGACACCUAUCAGAUAAUGAAGGUCGAAGGUCAUGUGUUCCCGGAGUUCAAAGAGAGCGAUGCCAUGUUUGCUGCAGAAAGGGCUCCAGACUGGGUUGAUGCUGAGGAGUGUCACAGAUGUCGAGUGCAGUUUGGUGUUGUGACACGGAAGCAUCAUUGCAGGGCCUGUGGGCAGAUCUUCUGUGGCAAAUGCUCCUCCAAGUAUUCCACCAUCCCCAAGUUUGGGAUUGAGAAGGAAGUGAGAGUCUGCGAGCCCUGUUAUGAGCAUCUCAACAAGAAAGCUGAGGGUAAAGCUGCUGCCACCUCUGAACUGCCCCCUGAGUACCUGACCAGCCCCCUCUCUCAGCAGUCCCAGGUGAGUGGCUGCCCUGUAGGUGAUCUAGUGAUCCUGACACGCUUGUUGAUCCCUUUGUUGACCGCCUCCUCAUCUUUCUUCUUGCAGCUGCCUCCAAAGCGUGAUGAGACAGCUCUGCAAGAGGAGGAAGAGCUCCAGCUAGCUAUUGCCUUGUCUCAGUCAGAGGCCGAGGAGAAGGAGAGAAUGAGGCAGAAAACAACCUACUCCAUGUACCCGAAGGCUGAGCCCACACCUGUCACAUCAUCAGCUCCCCCGGUCAGCACGCUCUAUUCCCCACCCGUGAAUUCCUCUGCUCCAUUGGCUGAGGACAUUGACCCGGAGCUGGCUCGGUACCUGAACCGCAACUACUGGGAGAAGAAACAAGAGGAGGUUCGCAAGAGCCCCACCCCGUCAGCACCUCUGUCCCUCACAGAGCCAGCUGCUCAGCCUGGGGAAGCCCACCCUGCCCCACUCGGUGUUGUUGAGCAGUACCAGAACGGCGAGUCUGAGGAGAACCACGAGCAGUUCCUGAAAGCACUGCAGAAUGCGGUCACCACGUUUGUCAACCGCAUGAAGAGCAACCACAUGCGGGGCCGCAGCAUCACCAAUGACUCUGCCGUGUUGUCCCUCUUCCAGUCCAUCAACAACAUGCACCCCCAGCUGCUGGAGCUGCUCAACCAGCUGGACGAGCGCAGGCUGUACUACGAAGGCCUGCAGGACAAACUGGCCCAGAUCCGGGAUGCGCGUGGGGCUCUGAACGCGCUGCGGGAGGAGCAUCGGGAGAAGCUGCGCCGUGCAGCGGAGGAGGCAGAGCGCCAGCGCCAGAUCCAGCUGGCCCAGAAGCUGGAGAUCAUGAGGCAGAAGAAGCAGGAGUACCUGGAGAUGCAGCGUCAGUUGGCCAUCCAGCGACUGCAGGAGCAGGAGAAGGAGAGGCAGAUGCGCCUGGAACAGCAGAAGCAGACCAUCCAGAUGAGAGCCCAGAUGCCAGCUUUCUCGCUGCCUUACGCCCAACUCCAGGCCAUGCCCGCAGCCAGUGGGGUGAUCUACCAGCCUUCUGGGCCCACCAGCUUCCCUGGCACCUUCAGCCCGGCCGGCUCCGUGGAGGGCUCUCCCAUGCACAGCGUAUACAUGAACCAGGCAGCACAAGGGGGCACGGGGCCGUACACCGCAAUGCCCGUCACAGGGACAGAUCCCAGCAUGGUGAACGCCUACAUGUACCAGCCGGCGGCAGGCAGCGGGCAGGCGGCUCAGCAGGGGCAGGCGGUGCCCACCACCACCCCGGCGUACUCGUCCUACCAGCCAACUCCAACACAGGGCUACCAGAGCGCAGCCUCGCAGUCGCAGAGCAUCCCGGCCAUCUCUCAGGCCCCCCAGUCGGGCGCCAUGGGCUACAUGGGCAGCCAGUCGGUCUCCAUGGGGUACCAGCCCUAUGGCAUGCAGGGCCUCAUGUCCGCCCUGCCGGGCCAGGAAGCGGCGCUGAGCAGCCUGCCAGCCCAGCAGUCCUACCUGCCCGGGCAGCAGCCCCUCUACCAACAGAUGGCACCUGCUGGAGGCCCCCCCCAGCAGCAACAGCCCCAGCCGGCACCCGCCCCUGUGCAGCAGCCCCAGGGCAGCGGAGAGGCCCAGCUCAUCUCCUUUGACUGAUCUCUGCCGUGGGGGGGGGGGCGGGGGGGGAGCCCGUGUAACACUACUCUACUCUUCAUCCGGAAUCACUUCUGCACUUCACCUACUCCUUCUGCCCCCUCAGCCCCCUCCCACCCAUCCCACCUCCCCACUCUGCCCCCGGCCCGGGGGACCACAGGCUCCCGCCAGCGGUGCUGGGGCCGCAGGAGCGCAGCCCUCCCUGCCGAGACCCGGGGCUGCGGUCCUGCCCCGCCGCCGUCGCCGCCCCUGGAAGCCCGCGGGCCCCGGCCUGCGCCGCGGGGCUGGGGGCCCUUGGCUGGGCCGCCCGGGGUGGGGGCCGCCGGCCCCCCCCCCCCCGCUCCCCGUCGCCUCGGGCACCGCGCUGUCCGCCGCCAGCCUGGCCCUGUCCGUCCCGUCCCCUUCCCCGCCAGCGGCCUCUCCCCUCCCUGCCCCGGGGGCCCCCCCGCCGGGCCGGGCCCGACCCCGCGGCGCGGCCGCUCGCUCCUCGCGGUGGGGAGGGGGUGUGUGGGGUGUGAACCGAGCGCGAACGGUGACAAUAAAGUGUUCGGAACGA